AUGUCGUCUAAAGGGGGUAAAAAACCGAGUGUUCCCAAAUUCUCCUCCUUCAAGCCAAAACCAGUCCCAGUGGAGCAAACGGAAGGACCGCCCACUCCCGCAGCUGAUCCAGGUUUGAUCACCAGAGGGAGCCACCUUCGUGCACACCGUCAUCGGUCCCAUGCUACAGAGGAAUCGCGUGAGCGAGAUCGAGGGAAUCACGAUUCGUCCACAAGGCAGUCAAACGUCUCCCGGCGUCCGGGACCAUCAGAAGAUUUCAAGGAAGGGUCAUUCACUAUUGACAAGCGAGGCGAUCCCCUCAUCAGAAAGUACGGCAGUAACCACCGCUACGAUGUUCCGGCCUAUCGCAGGUUCGGGUCUGGUCGUCUUCUGGGAGCAGAUGGCUUCUUGAGAAUUGAGCGUCUAGGAAAUCGUGAUGAGUUUUUCAUACGUGGGUACUACGAAGGAGGUUCUGCUCUUAGAGGGGAUCGGAAGAGCGUACUUGCAAGGGGUAUCCACAAUAAGUCACAACCCAUCCGAGUUCGACAAGAAUCUUCGCAGGCGCCUACCCUAACAGAGGAUUUCCUACCGUUGAAGUCCUCCAAGAAGCGAAAAUGGCCUAAUGAUCCUUCAAGCGAGUCGUCCGGUGAGGAAGGACAGUCUUACAGAUCAAUCCACGGGAAGAGCAAGGUGCAUGAGCACUCUGAAAGCGAUGAACUAUACGGCAGUGACUCGUCAGCUUCAUCUACGGGAUCUGAUAGACGCCGUUUCGUUGAUCCCGUGAAAGCAAAGGAAAUUAGCCUGUCUGCAAGGGUGAGAGAUCACCCGGAAGACAUCGAUGCGUGGCUUGAACUCGUCAACCAUCAAAAUACUUUGCUGCGAAUGAGGGCAGCCGAUGGACAGCGAGCAACUCAGGCCGAAAUCAAGAGUUUUGCUGACAUCAAGCUUUCCCUGCUCGAGAAAGGCCUCGCUCAUGCUGAUUCCCCUGAGCAACGGGACAAGUUGCUAUUGCGGAUUAUGCGUGAAGGCUCCAAAAUCUGGGAUCGCAAAACAGUUAUAAAGCGCUGGGAGGAUUUGAUGAAAGAUCAUAGUGCCAACUUCGCGCUGUGGAAGGCAUAUGUGAAUUUUCGGCAGACUGAUUUACCAACGUUUCGAUAUGAUGACAUCAAACAACUUUAUGUCAAUAGACUGCGGAGUAUCGAAACCGCAAUGACACAAGAUACUUCAAACACUCAGAGCCAAGAGUUGUAUGAUCAGCUGGUUUUGGUCUUCUUGAAAGCCACCCGGUUCGUCGCGGAUGCUGGGUUCGUCGAACUCGCAGUGGCAGCAUGGCAAGCUAUGCUGGAACUCCUUUUCUGUCGCCCUGUGACUGCCCCUGAUGCCAGCGCCAGUACGAUGAUUGCGUCUUUCCAAAACUUUUGGGAAAGUGAAGUGCCACGUAUUGGCGAAGAGUUUGCAAAAGGGUGGUUUACUUACGAAGCCGACGGUGGCAAGCAAGAUGCCCCUGAACCCCGGUCCUUCGGGGUUGGCCAAACGCCGAAUACUCGGGAUGCGUACAAGGCAUGGACAGCCACUGAGCAGCAAAGAGCUGCAAACGCAAAGGUUCCAGCUCGCACCAUGGAUGACGGGACGGAAGACGAUCCAUACAGAGUUGUCAUGUUCGCAGAUAUCCAAGAUUUUCUCGUAUUUAUUCCAGAAAAAAACCUGCCCAUGAUACAGACCCUGAUGCUUGAUGCCUACCUGAUCUUCUGUCAGCUACCCCCGGCGGUUGGGACCAGCAAAGCCGUCAAGGUCAUCAUGCAAGAUGAACUUCUCAAUAGUGGCAGAAACAGCGUCUUUGAAGUGAAGGAGGUGACGAAUUCAAUCGCUCCAGGUCAACAACACAUGGAUGAAGAGUCCACCAAGACGCCGGAUUUUGCGCACGAUUACCAACAAAUGGCAAUAUCGUCGGAGACGCUCUUCCCUCCGUCAAAAUGGUUUAGAUGCAUUCAGGCAAUGAGAGGGAGCACUUCGGAUCAGCACAAGCUGAUCUUGAAUACGCUGAAACAACUGGCACGCUCAUUCGGGCGUGAGGAAAUUGCCCCUUACUCUCUGGCCUUUGACAGUCUCGAUGAAACAAUUGACGACAAGAAGACAGCAAAGGCGCUUCUGAAGAAGUAUUCAACGAACAUCGGACUCUAUAUUGGAUACGCAAACCUUGAAAACGCCAGAGGAAACAGAGACACCGCCCGCAACGUAUUAUCUGCUGCUCUGAGCUUGCCAACAAAUUCGACGCACGACAGACUACGGCUCUGCAUCGCCUCGGCGUGGAUAGAUCUUGAGGAUGGCAACAUACCUGGAAGCAUAUCUCGAAUACUUAUGGUAGCGACCGAUGCAUCGAACGAAACAGCGAGCUCUACGACCCAACUUUUGAAGGCGAGACAACUGCUGGGGUCAAAUCGAGACUAUCUCAUAUCCUCGGGUGAUUCUGGAACUGCCGCCAUCUACGGUGAGGGAUUGGCCUUGUUAGAAUAUGCGACGCAAACCAGCGGCAAGGAACCACAAUCUGAAGGUCAGGGUGAUAUAUGGUCUGCUAUGAGCUGCGUUUCAGCCUGUUCCGACGACUUCAGCUCUCGAGGUCUCGCAGAGAGCCUAAGCCAUGAAAGAUUGCUACAAUUCACGGCCCGUCUUCUCUAUCAUCAUGCUACCCACGGACCCUUCCGACCCGCAUUCUUACGGGACCAAUUCGCAAAGUUCGUCCACUUCUUCCCGCAGAACACCAUGUUCCUGAGCUUAUACGCAUGGCGUGAAACCCGCCUCAGCAUUGACGACCGCGUGCGCUCCCUCCUAGACCAGCACGUCCUCGUGCCCCCACACGACUGCGUCAGUAGCCGCGUCUUCGCCAUCCGCCACGAGAUGAAGACGGGCAACUCCCAUUCCACCUGCGCCGCGUUCGAGCACGCUCUCGAGAGUGACGAGGAGACGGGCUGCAGGCACCAUCCGGGAUUGUGGAUAUCGUACAUGCGGUUCUGCCGCGAGAGAAAGGAGCUGAGACAUAAGGCCAAGGACGUGUUCUACCGCGCGGUGCAGAGCUAUCCCGGGUCGAGGGAGGUGUUUAUCGAGGCUUUUGUUACGCUGGUAGAGGAGAUGGACUCGGCUGAGUUGAAGGCGGUGUAUAAUACGCUUAGUGAGAAGGGGUUAAGGGUGCAUGUAGAACUGCAGGAAUUUGUGGAGGGGUGGGAGAGCGCUCAGAAGCAGAAGAUGAUGGGUGGUGGCCGAUGA